CACUUCAAACGCCUGAUCCCAAGCUCACCUCAAGGUUCUAACUUCUCACGCGAUUCACGUAUAGGACCAGCGUCUAGUAAAGUGUUUCUUGAUUGGCACGUGUUCACGCUUUCCUUGAAGCGCGUGGUGAGCUAGUCCUCGCCUCCCUAACGAGAGCUGCUCUGACCUGCAUUUACCGAAACCCACAGCACGGUCGACUCGUCAACUCUCUACUGCUUAAGAACCCUGAAAAGAAAUCUUCACCAGAAUCCAAAAUUAUUUUAUUUAUUAUUUUAUCACUCCAACGAAGGCUGCAUUUGGUGCUAAACAAGCUGGUGAAGGAAUAUAUUUUGCUUGAAAAAUUGCAUUUGUUGUCAAUUAUGUCGUUAGGCUUUCACUUUCGGUAUCUGAUGGACCUGUGACUCGUCGUUGUGCGUUGGUGGUUCUAGUCUUUGACUCCUUUUGAAGCAACCGCUCUCCUUCUCUAAUGAUAUGGUGAUUUUUUUGGCUAGUAUUUCUGGUGCAUUGUGAUAAGCCGCAAUAAAGGAUCGGGCUGUGGGAUUGCAGUUGAAUUUCGAGAGACAUGGAGUGCUUGAGAUUCAACAUGGUUGCUGGUAAAAUAUUGGAUUUCUGGUUGAGUAAGAGAAGGGGAUUAGGGUUUCUAUUGCAGGUGGUGUUUUGGUGGUGGACUUUUCAAUUGUUUCUUCGUCCCGUGGUGGGUCUAAGACCACUAAGGGAGAGAACUCGGUCGUGGGGCGAUGAGUGGCUAAUCACAAGAAAAGUAGAAAGUGAGCUAGGUCCAUUCUCACAAUGGAACAUAACAGGAACAUACAAAGGAACAUGGAAAUUUUUAGAUACCACCAAUGGCUCUUCCAGAUUUCCUGACAUCAGAAAAACAAAUGGCAAUACUGUAAUUGAAUUAGUUAGUACACCCACAAAAAUAAAUGGUGUGCAUUAUGUGCAGGGAGUAAUUAUAUUCCAUGAUGUAUUUGACAAUGAGUACAAUGUUGGUGGUGCCCAAAUCAGAGUAGAAGGUGUAUAUAUAUGGCCUUUUAGACAGCUUCGAAUGGUAGCCAACAGUGGAAAAGAGGGAGAGUUUAAUCAAGGUGAAGAUACUAUUUUAUCUAAUCCAUAUCAUCUGCUUGGAGUCUUCUCAUCCCAAGUAUUCCAAGAAUCUUCACGAGAUAAGAUGUGGAGAAGAAAACAUUCUCCAAUAUAUGAUGUGGAGAAACGUUGCAAUUUUGAAAUUGCUGCUCAAAUUUCACGACUGUCAUCAUCAAGAAAUGAUGGGGAUCAGGACCUUUUCCAUCUUGAAGGGCUAACAGAGAGUCCCUCAACUGACGAUGAUGGGGACUGCUUCUCACCUUUACUACUGAAUGCAACUUCUGUUAACAUUGAGGUCUACUAUAACAAAGCAGUGAACUACACAUUGAUGGUUACCUUUGUCUCUUUCUUGCAAGUUCUCUUACUGAUUCGACAAAUGGAGCAUAGCAAUACUCAAUCUGGAGCUGCCAAGGUUUCAAUUUUUAUGAUUGGCCAACAGGCAAUCAUGGAUGCUUAUCUUUGCCUUUUACAUCUGACUGCUGGGAUACUAGUUGAGUCCUUGUUCAAUGCUUUUGCAACUGCUGCUUUUUUCAAGUUUGUGGUCUUCUCAAUAUUUGAGAUGAGAUAUCUCCUUGCCAUAUGGAAGGCAAGUAGGCCUAUCAACAAUGGGGAAGGUUGGGAAACAAUGAGACGGGAGCUUUCAGUUUUAUAUAGUCGUUUCUAUGGGAUUCUGUUGGGAGGCAUUCUGCUCAUGUAUGAGUUCCAUGGUUACUUGAGACCUAUCAUUCUUCUUACGUACUCCUUUUGGAUACCUCAAAUUAUCACCAAUGUUGUUCGUGAUUCACGGAAACCAUUGCAUCCUCAUUAUAUCCUAGGGAUAAGCGUCACUCGGCUAGCAAUCCCAUUAUAUAUUUUCGGUUGCCCUAACAAUUUCAUGCGCAUUGAACCACACAAGAACUGGUGUAUUUGUUUGGUUGUAUUUGUCGGAUUUCAAGCCGGGGUUCUUUUGCUUCAGCACUUCCUUGGAUCCCGUUGGUUCAUUCCUCGACAGAUUCUACCUGAGAAAUACAGCUAUUAUAGGCGGUUUGAUCAAGACAGAAGCCAUGCUUCAGACUGUGUUAUUUGCAUGACGGCCAUUGAUUUUUCUCAGCGAUCCAAUGAAUGCAUGGUAACACCUUGCGAUCAUUUUUUCCAUUCUGGUUGUUUACAAAGAUGGAUGGAUAUAAAGAUGGAGUGUCCAACUUGCCGCCGGCCCCUGCCUCCUGCCUAAGAAACUUCCCAUUGCAGUUCCCAAGGUGUACAUUGUUUUGAUAGGUGACAGCACAUCGUUAUUUCUUCCCUUCAUUCUGUAACAUGAUUUUACUGCCCGAUUCCUCAUACCGAGGAGUACGGGUUUUGUACAUAAUUUCGGAAGGAAAUGAUCACCAUUGUUUUUUCCUCGAAAUAUGAAAUUUAUUCUUAUUCGUUUUUCCCA